AUGUCAGAAGUCGACGUCCUCAUCGUUGGGGCAGGUCCUACAGGCCUAACGUUAGCCAUUGAGUUAGCCGCGAGAAACGUCAGUUUCCGGAUCGUGGAAUCAAGGGUGGAGGUAUCGGAUAAAUCAAGAGCGCUCGUGGUGCAGCCUCGGACACAGGAGUUACUCUAUCGCUAUGGAGACGUCCAGGAACUCAUUUCACGGGCACGGCAACCGACCGGCAUAGCGACGUGGAUCAACCAGAAACCCGUCCUUGACAUCACCUUCGGCAGCUCCGAUGGAAUUGCGCGCGAGUACGGAACAGACUUUCCUCGCCCCUUGUUGGCGUCACAAGCUGAGACGGAGCGCUUCUUGAGCAAACGCCUGGAGGAGGUUUCUGAGGUCUUCCCUGAACGUGGAAUUACGGCACAAUCAAUUACCCAGGAUGAGACCGGAGUUUCGGUGGCACUCAAGAAGGGAUCGCAAGUCGGACGUCUCCGUUGCAAAUAUGUCGUCGGCGCAGACGGAUCAAACAGCACCGUUCGGGAAGCUGGCAAAAGGUUUCAGUUCAAGGGCGCAGAGUAUCCGCAGGAGUUCCUCCUAUGCGACUGUCGCGUCAAGUGGAAGCAACCUCAAGCAGGGAAAGCGAUGUUCAUGCUGGGUCAGGGCUCACUUAUUGUCAUCCCGCUUGAUGACGAUGUUAUUCGUCUUGCCGGGAGCAGCUGGCUGGGAAAGACGGAAAGAGACCCGACACUCCAGGACUUUCAAGACCAGCUCGACAAGAUGGCACCAGACCAAGGAGAGCUCUUCGAACCGAUCUGGCUGAGCAAGUUCCAUCUGUCCAAUCGCGGCGUCAACAGUUACCGGGAUGGACGUUUGUUCUUGGCAGGUGAUUCAGCUCACGUUCAUAGCCCUGCUGGUGGUCAGGGCAUGAAUACUGGCAUACAAGACUCGAUUAACCUGGGCUGGAAAUUGGCGGAAGUCCUGAAACGCAGAAGGGACCCUGACUUUCUCGAUACGUAUAAUAACGAGAGGUCACCAGUCGGAAAGACAGUUCUCGCUAGGACCGACCGCAUAUUCACAGUCAUGACAUCACAGAAUUUUGUUGCCACCUUCCUGCGCAACUAUCUAGGGCCGAUUAUUCAACCUCUCAUAUUCAAAGACUCUGAUCGAUGGAAGAUGGCUUACAGAUUCUCAUCGCAACUCCAAAUCCGCUAUAGAAAGAGCGACAUCGUAGCUACUGGCAGCAGCUUCACCGGUCCAGUGCGCGGAGGGGACAGAGCGCCGAACGGUACCUUGAUAGGCCCGGACGGGCAGGGGAAGCUGCAUGAUAUCUUCCGUUCUUUGGACUAUCAGCUCCUCUUAUUUACUGGAUUGGGUGAGAAUUCCGCAUCCGAGAAAGAUCUGAAUGCUUCCGCUGCUGAUUGCGGACCUAUUGAUUUCCACAUCAUCUCCAGUCAAGAAGAUCUGGGAUAUUUUGACGAAGACGGGAGCUUGCAUAAGUUGUAUGGGUUUGACAGCCCCGGAUACGUCUACGUUCGUCCAGACGCCUAUGUGGAACACAUUGGGCUACUUGAUAGAAUUGGCGAGCUUGAAACAUGGAUGAAGGAUAAGCAGGCCGAUGUUUAG